AUGGCGGAGUCGAACGACCUGAUUGACUUCAAUGUCAUCGAGGGACAAAAGGAGAAUAUUCAGGCUCUUCCCAGCGGACGCUCCGCAAAGGCGCUCGCGCAGCUCUACUCACCACCACUGCUUGGAGCCAAUCCAUCGCCGUCCAACCUCAGCGAGUCCCAACUGAAGGCGCGGGCCGAGUUCGAGAAGGAGCUCGCUACGAUUGACGAAUCCGACGACCCUCUUGACGUUUACGACCGAUACGUAAAAUGGACGCUGGAUGCCUUUCCCUCUGCACAAGCUACGCCGCAAUCGCAGCUGUUACCGCUUCUGGAGCGCGCGACAAAGGCUUUCCAGUCAUCGACACACUACAAAAACGAUCCACGAUAUCUGAAGAUAUGGAUGCACUACAUUCGCUUGUUCUCCGACGCGCCGCGCGAAGCGUUUGUAUUCCUGGCGCGUCACGGCAUCGGCGAAACGCUCGCGCUGUAUUAUGAGGAAUUCGCGGCAUGGCUGGAGAACGCCGGGCGUUGGAGCCAGGCGGAGGAGAUCUACAAGAUGGGCCUCGAGAAGGAGGCCCGUCCUGUUGAGCGCUUGACUCGCAAAUUCGGAGAGUUCGAGAGGAGGAAAGAAGCACAACCACAAGACACCGCCGAGCCAUCAAGCCCAGCGCUCCCCACUGUACGACCUGCUCUGGCCGCGAAGCUGGAUCCGUUCUCAUCGGGAACUCCCUCUCCGUCACAACAACAGGGUCGAGGAAGCGGAUCGAAGAAGAGCAAGGGCUCGAAAAUGCAGAUAUUCGCGGACGGCGAUGCGCCGUCACGACCAAGCUCGGGCAGUGGCCCGCAAGCCUGGGACGACAUCGGAUCUCUCUCAAGCCGUAGAAAGGAGAACCACAUGGAGGCACGGCCUAUGGCUGGCGAGAAGCUGAAAGUCGGCAAGACCAAUGGUAAUAUGCAGAAGCUGACGGUUUUUAAGGAUCAGGUAAGCCUCCUCAAACCCUUUCAAAGGAAACACGUAUUUACGAAUGCAGGACUAAAUCCCCUUCGUGUAUGCAGUCAUCAGAACUUUCCCUAAUACCAAAAGACAUGUCCCAAUCAAGAUCGAGUAGUAAUCACGAAUAUCAGCUCGUCUUGAACGAAAUCACUGGUAGGCUGGAAUGUGUGUUCGUUAACUUGGAAGCUGUCUAUCCCGAAGCAGACAAAGGCAAUUUGGCUCUGGAAUAUUCAUUCGAGGAGCUGCGAGCCCGACAUCGCGGAUUGCUGAAGAAAGACUGGAAGGAGAUAAAGUCGGCCAAACGGGCCGAGAGAUCUAAGCGCGACACAUUCCAGAUUCACCGCGACGAUCUCAUGCAAUUGGAUCAGCAAUCAGGGCCAAAACCUGAGGACCACGAACCGCAACCUCAGAAGCCCAAGUCCAAGGAGAGAGGAUUCACGAUCUUUGAAGAUGCGCCGCUAGAGAAUAAGACGCCUAAGGAGCAGCCACUGAGCCAAGAAGUGCUCGUGGAGACUUUCUCCAAGACACUCGCCUUGAACGAUGAGAAUGAUGAAAAUGCGCCCCCUUCAAAGCAGGAAGUCGAUGCAGCUAAGAAGGCCAGGCGAGAAGAGCGAGCCAAUCGAACGCGCAAGAUAAAAGCCAUGGACGUCAAGCACAUCAAGAACGAGACGCAGACCAUUCAGCUGAAGAUGGACUCGCCCCAAGGACCCAAGCCCAAGAGAAAGAAGUCGAUCGGGCCUACCGAGCCUACCAUGACGAUCAACACGAAGGAGGCCAUGGACGAGAUCUACGGCAUCUUCAGCGCGCCCUUACCAUCUCAAGCCGAGCAACAAGACGAGGACGAAGACGAAGAAAGUGAAAGUGACGACGAGGACGACUACACAACUGGCGACGAGAGUACUGCCACCGGCAAGCUGUCUGCAGCCGCAAGUGACUACGGAGAUGAGACAAGAAAUGAGCUUCUGGGUGCUCAGCAGACAGCAGAUGAAGAAAACCAGACCGAUAACACAGGCUGGUCAGACUUCACCACAAGCAAACAUGUACCAAAGGAGACAGGUGCUGAGUCCACGGAAACGACCACACAAGAUGAUUACUCAGAAGCACAAUCUCAUGCGCACACAGAAGACGAGCUUAUGACUCCUGUGGACGAAGACCCUCAAACGCGAUACGUACCGAUACCACCAGAGGACUACCAGCCACCGGCAGCGCAGUUCCGAGACAUGUCUGUUAUUCCAAACCACCGGCUACCCUUUAUGACUCCUAUCGUGGAGCGAACGGAAUCCUCACUGGGUGCAGGCACAAUCAGGACCGAGAAGGACUACUUUGGUGCCAAGACUCCUAGCAGGAAGAACGGUAUGCCAGAGCAAAUGGACGACGAGGAGGAGGAGGAGGAGGAGGAAGAAGACGAGCCAUGUAGCAGUCCAUUUCAAGACGUGAUCGCGGACAUGGCGGAAGACAAGCGCAGGGUCCUUCAGCCCAUUCGAACGAAGAGCACCAAGGGCACGAUCGCUCUCGGUCAAGGCACCGCGAAGUCUCAGACCUUGAAGAAGGAGGCGGCUGCAAUCGACGAGCCUGUCCAGAAAGGGCCGAUCAUCAAGGACGCUCAAUGCAACCCCAUGGAUCCUUACCUACGACAGACCAUUCUCUCCCAGAUGAAGCCUUCGCUAUCUUCUUUCGACGGCUACUACGAGCAUCUUGACACUCCCUCGGGCAAAUCCUCAGAGAUCAAGAAAUACGUCCGCGCCCUUAGCAAAGCCAGCAGAAACAGCGUCAGCGCAGAUCUCUCGUCGGCCCCCAUGCUGGACCUCGAAGGCGCUCAGGGGACGUACACGAUCAAACGCGAACUCGGAGCGGGAACCUUUGCGCCUGUCUAUCUCAUCGAAAACAGCGCCGCGGCAGCCAUGGCAGAAUACGAAGAACAAGACCCCGACUCCGCCCAUCCACACCACCGCGUCGGCAAGCUCGCCCAUCGCAAACCCUUCGAAGCAGUCAAGAUGGAGGAGCCACCCAGCACAUGGGAAUUCUUCAUCAUCCGACAAUCCCACCGUCGUCUCGGCGUCUCCCGAGCCUCCGAGAGCAUCGUGCGCGCCCACGAAAUGCACCUCUUCCGCGACGAAUGCUUCCUCGUAGAAGAAUUCCGAGACCAAGGAACACUCCUCGACCUCGUCAACAUCGCGCGCCUGGAACAGGGCAACGCGAGCGGUAUGGACGAAAUGCUCGCCAUGUUCUUCACCGUCGAACUCCUCCGCACGGUGGAAACCUUGCAUUCCAAACACCUCAUCCACGGCGACCUGAAAGGCGACAACGUCCUCGUCCGCCUCGACGAUCCCGGCCAGGAAACGGAUUGGAGCCCCACCUACUUCCCCUCCGGCGCACACGGCUGGUCCAGCAAGGGCAUCUGCCUGAUCGAUUUCGGCCGCGGCAUCGACAUGAAACACUUCCCGCCCCACGUCGCUUUCAUCGCCGACUGGAAGACUUCCGAGGCGGAUUGCGCGGAGAUGCGCGAGCUGCGCCCCUGGACGUACCAGAUCGACUACCACGGCCUGGCGGGCAUCGUCCACAGCCUGCUGUUUGGGAAGUACAUGGAAACGUUCGCGGAGAAGGGCGCGGCGGCGAGUCUGGGGGGCGGCGCGCAGAAGACGUAUCGCAUCCGCGAGACGUUGAAGAGGUAUUGGCAGACGGAAAUCUGGGCCGAGGUUUUCCAUCUGUUGUUGAAUCCGCUGGCGCAUUUGGAGGGCGAGGAGGGCAGGAAUAUGCCUGUGGUUAGGGGCAUGCGGGCUUGUCGGGAAAGUAUGGAGGCUUGGUUGGAGGAGAAUUGUGAGAGGGGCCUUGGUUUGAAGGGCAUGGUUACGAGGAUGGAGGGUGCGAUUCGUGAGAAGCGGAGGAAGAGCGCGAAGGCUCUGUCGCAGAGUCAGUAA